AAUCAGAUGGAGGAAUGCUAACUAGGCGAUUAUCCUGAAAGCGUCCCGAGGUACACACACAUACUCGAAGGGAAAGAAAUUUGGAUCUCUCAAGUGACAAGACAGUAAUGAUAUCAGAGCCUGAAGAAAACGAGACCAGACAGGCCAGGAAAUCCGAGGUCGAGCAGUGUAGUCAGGAUUUUGUUGCCGUAGAUGUGGACGAAACGGCUCCAUCAGCAAUUAAGCAAGAACUAGAGAGGCUACACGAGCGACGCCCGGACAGUCUCGAGUCCAAUGGAGCAGCAGAAGGCAGAGUUUGCAGAGUGUGCCAUCUUCCACUCGAGGCCGAUGUCUCGAUCGAGCUCGGCUGCUCCUGCAAGAACGAGCUAGCGGUCGCUCAUCAACGCUGUGCAGCGACGUGGUUUACGAUCAAGGGCAGCAAGACAUGCGAGAUAUGCGGCCGGGCCGCCGAGAACGUAAGCUUUGAUCGCGCCAUCGCUCGAAGACCCGAUCAUCUCGUCAUGAGCGUGGAGCUCAAUGUGGAGAUGCAAGAGGAGAACUCCUACACCGUCAAGCGUGCUCUUUGCAACUUGCUGCUGUCGCUGUGCGUGGUUAUCCCGUUCUUACCGUGGCUCUUCCGGGUACAUUUGCUCAAGCUAUAAAACUUUUCAUUGCUAUCGCCCCAGGGAGCUCGCUCACAGGGACGAUCAACAUUGCAACAACAGGGACAGUCCAGGAAUCUUCUUUGGUUUUUUUGGUUUUUUUUUUCUUUAAACAGCUUAGCUUUUGUUUUUGGCUCGCUCUGGACAAAACAAGACAGGGACUUUAACAGGAGCGUACGAAAGGCGUGUUGUACUCACGUACUAUUCCGUGACACGGAAGAAAUGCACGGAAUCUACGUGGUGGGUUUAAAGUUAAUAAUGCGGCUUUUCCUAAGUUUAUACGCAGAGAAAGAGUUCCAAAUAAGUCCUCUUGGAAGAGGUACAAAUUAGGGUGCUGUGUGGGUAGAUCUACUGCUAUUUAUUUUCCUUCCCUAUUUUGACGAGGUAGUUUUUUUUUCGCUCUGCUCUCUUGGAUAGGGGAUGAAUAUUCUCUCUAUCUCGCUACAUGGAACCACAACGACGCGAGAAGCAUUGAUUCUCCUCCUCUUUGCGUGUUCUUGAGGAAUCGAUCGAUGCUUGCGUGCUGCUGAAGAGGGAUUUAUGGGUGAUUCCCGGCAGGAAAAUGCCACAGAUUUGCAGCAUGCAGUGGAAGAAUUGGAUGAGAGGAAGGAGAAGAUCGGGAGAUCUCCCAGCCAGGAGCUGGAAUCAACAUCUUUGUCCUUACCAGCGCCAAGUAUCGGUGAUGUCUCGGCCGGAUCAAAAGCGCAGGAUCCAGAGGGGGGAUUCGUGGCAAUAGAGAUCCAAUCCCUCUCCACAAAUCCUCCGCCUCCACCGACGAAAGGGGGUUUUGAAGAACACAAGCCACCGCAGCCCCUCGGUGGUGGGGACGAGGAAGACGCCAGAAUUUGUAGAGUGUGCCAUCUCUCGCUCGGCCUGAAGCGCUCCAGCGAUCACGAGGAGGAUCCAGGCGAUCCAGUCGACGAGGGGAUCGCCUCCAGCCCAAUUGAGCUCGGCUGCGCGUGCAAGGACGAUCUAGCAUUCGCGCACCGCCGCUGCGCAGAGACUUGGUUCAAGAUCAAAGGCAACAGGAACUGCGAGAUCUGUGGCCAGCUCGCCCACAAUGUGGCUGCUGGCGCGGACGAUUCGAGCUGCGGGCGACACAGCGACGAGCAAUCGGACUCCAUAUUCGAGCGGGCGGGCGAUCCCCAUCGCCCACGCAGCUUCUGGCAGCACAGGCCCAUUUGCAACUUUGUGCUCGCCUUCAUCGUCGUCAUCUUGCUCCUGCCCUGGCUCUUCCGGAUCCGCCUCUUCUGAUUACAAGAAGUAUGAAUCACCCUCCCUUUGUUUAAUGGCGUUAAGUUGACAUCGAUUUUCUCCUUGAUAUUUUUUGUUUGAAUAUCUCGUUCGCUAGCGUUAGAUUACGAUCGUGAUCGACAUCGACGUGGGAGUGUAAUUGAUAUAAGAACAAAAACCUUGGCUUGUCAUUAGAAUGAUCUAUUAGUUGAAAGAAAGUUUAAAUCAAAGUUGAAAAGUAGUUAACCCUAA